UUUAAUUAUACUAAAAUAUUUAUUGAUUGGAUAAUUUUAUCUAAUUUCCUUUUCCUUAAAUUCAUUAUUAAUUCUGAAUAGCAUUAAACAUUUCACUUACCCUACUAAAUCCCUUUCCACCUUCGAACUUUGAAGUAUUUUACCAUUUUCCCUCAAAUUUGAUUUAUGUACUUUAAGUUUUAGCUUUACUGAAACGUUACAUAAAAUAUAACCCUCUUUAGAUUAAACCAGAUAUAGAAAAAACCUGAAAAGGCUUAUUUAUUCACAUGCGAAAAAUCAUUGAUUAAAAUUUUAUAACACAAAACUUAGGGUAUGGAACACUUCAGAGCACCUUACAUCGAUUUCGUAGAAGGAGAUAUACUUACUGUAUGACGAUGAUAAAUUACUAUCAGCAAGAGAGUUGAAAAGAAUAUUAUAGAUAUUCCAUACACUAUAUGACUAUGCAGUACAAGAAUCAACUAACCUUACUCUAUAAUUUUUCAAUUAUACAAAAAAGUUGAUCAAAUAUCUUGUCUUUAGAGUCCUUUUCUUACAAAAUAACUCUAGAAGGUGUUAUCCGUCUUCUUUCUAGAAGAAAUGCAGUUUUUUUCCUUAUCUUAUCUAAUUUGAAAGCAAAAGAGACAAAAGUAGAUGAUAUAAAAGAAACUAAAUAUACAAUUAAAGAAACUUUAGAAUUAUUUUUUUCACAUUGAAAAACCAGAAUAAUUCAAAAUCAAAUUGCAAAAUAGAAUGGCCUGAUAAUAAAGUAGUUUAUGAACUCUCCCAUACUAUUCUUCAACUAAUUUUUGGAUUAAUUUUUCCUAUUUUUGCGAUUGUGGCUUCCUAUAUUUUACUUAUUAGAAGAAUAAAACGAAUGGCACGUUGGAAAUUGACAACAUCUAUUCAAACACCUAAUAGAAAAAUGACAAGAUUAGUGAUUGGAGUUGUUGCAGCUUUUGUAGCUCUUCAUACACCACUUUACAUAAUGGAAAUUGUUCAAAUGACCAAAAAAAUGGAAGCUUCUAAAUCAAACAUGGAAGCGGAAGAGUGGGAAGUUUACGCCUUUGUAUAUUGUAAUCUCAUAGCCCAAAUGGCUGUAUACAUUAAUUCGGCAUUAAAUCCUAUUCUUUACUUUCUACUUAACGAAAACUUCAGGAGAAUGUAUAAGAUGACUCUCUGCCCUCAAACCAAGGCUAAUAACACUACUAAUAAUGGAAUUGAAUUGAAUAUCAUUCGACAUAAUGGUUCUGAUGAAAUUGAGACCAAACCAAAAAAGUGCGAUUGUUUGCCUUUAAUUGUUGGUACGUCUCUCAGUAGACGACGCAAACAACAUCAGCAACUACAAAUUGAGAUGACAGAAGACGAGACAAGGCAUACAGCUUGUUUUGACCAUAAAAACAACUAUAAAUGACAAGUGCUGCCAUCUGUUUAACCAAAAAGGUGUAUCAUUGUGUUUUGUAUAUAUAUAUGAGAUAUAUAAAAUGUAUCUUAUUACUGACAUUCUCCGUGAAGCUUUUCUUGAUUUCUUCCCUCACUUCAUUUAACCAUACGUCACAAUCCAUUCGUCAAUCCAUCUGUACAUCUGUCUGCUUCUCAUUCUGUUUCCAUUAAACGUAUGUGAUUUUUGGUUUAAUUACAAUCAGACCUUUCUUUAAGAUGGUUUGUUCCUAAACACUACACAUACGC